AAAAGUAAAGCUAUCAUGUUUUGUCAAAACGUAGAGCAAAGUUGAUGGCGACGAUAAAUUUUUACUUCAAGCGACUGAUUGGCUUUAAGUUAUUCUCUGAGCUACACGUCAGUUCUUCAUUGUAGUGUAAGGUAGCAGCGCUUUUUUUCAAUUUGUUCAAUAUAUGAAUAAAAUUGAAAAAAUGAGGCCAUUAAUAGCCAGCAAAGCGACCAUGUGUUGUAUCACAAUGGUUGUCGUCCUUGCCUUGGCCGUAGAAAAUGUCGGAGCUGCGAACAAAGCGCGAACUCUCUUCGAUCCAGAGGAUCCGAAAGAUGGCGAGGAGCCGCAAAUGUCGGCCGAGGAGAGAGUGCAGAAGCUACGUGAGUACCGCAUUAAGGAACGAGAGCGACGCCAGAAACUUCCGAGGCCCCCUCCUAGGGAGUUUAACUCCCCCCGACUUGAGAACAUCUGGAAAGCGGCCAAGGACAGAUAUGAUAACGUAACAGAAGCGGACACGCUGAAAAAAAUCAAAAACGACUUAAACGAUAUUGUCAAAUUGGAAAAGACAGUUCGUAAAGAUGAAGAGCUGGACGAAAACUCGGAAAAACUUAAAACCCUCAGAGAAAAAUUGAAGACCUUUUUCGAUAAGUAUGAGAAGUUACAGCCACCUCCUUUGCAGCUAACACCGCAUAACGACUCAGUUCUCGAGGAUCCAACUUUAAAAGAGUAUUGGUCUAGGGUGAAACACUUGGACUUCCUGGAGGAAAACGACAUUCGAGAGCUUCAAGGCGAGUUCAUGUACUGUGAGGACCAGAUAAAGGCUUUGAAUCAUUUCUUGGACAACGAUCCAGCGUUCAAGAAGUUCCACGAAGUGGGCCACGAUGAAAUCACGAAGGUGCUGAAGAAGGGAGAGAACGAAACGGAGAAGUUUAUGGAGGCCAUCUAUGCACAGCACGGAGUGAAUGAGACUCGCAAGGCCUUUUUGAUCUGGUUGCAACUGGGGAAAGAAGUCGCCAACUGCUACGACAGACUGCACCAUUACACAGAAGAAGAAAUCAGGAAGGAGGGGUUCAAGGAACCCCUGGUGAACAAACUAUGGAUUGAGGCCCAAAAGUCGAACAUGACCAAACUGGAGAUGCAAAAGUUCAAGUCAGAGUUGGACGCAUUCCAGAACAAACUAAAAAAGAAGGAGAACUUGGUGAGACACGCUUCAGAAGUGGAGAGAAGAUACACCCAUCGAAUCAAGAACGACGACCAACUGCCCCACCCAGUCAAAGUAGACAUGGCUACUCAGGUAAAGAAGAUGCGAGAAGAACACAAAUCGAGACGGGAGGAACUUUCUGAGUGGUAUAAGAAACUGACAUCCAAACUGUUCUCAACCAUUCCGGAUCAUCUGCCUGACGAACUUUAACUCAAAACUGACAAUUUUUGGCUCCGAACUACUGUAAACUCCCUCUACUUCUCUUCUCUUUUUCUAAAAAUUCGUGUACUAUCUGUAAAAUUUUCAGAGUGGGGAAUGAUUUCCAUAUAAAGAGCUCACUCCUCAUUUUCAAUUGUAAUCUUCUAAAGAUAAAGUAACAGUUACGCAAGCUA